AGCCCUGGGAGUAUGAAUGACUGAAGUGUUGCUGGGCAGGUCUCCGUGUAGGGGCAUGGAUGACGGAGCUGCUGGUGUGCAGGUCUCUCGCUGAGGGGGGAUAUGGAUGACGGAACCGAUGCUGUGUGAUCAGAAUCCCUUCGAGCCGCCAGGGGUUAAUCUCUCCUGUAUUGGGUCCUAAACAGUAGCGUCUUCUUGCUGCUAUGGGGAAGCAGCUGGUUUUGGGGGAAGGGAGCUGGUCACACAUCCCAGUAAUGAGAUAGACGCAUGCAACACACACAGAGGGGACAGACGUAUAUACACACAGGCAUAGCGGAGGAGACUGAGCAUUUCUUCUGCUCGCAGCUCUCUGACACACACGCACACUGUUACUGGGAGCCGGGGACAUCACUGCCUCUCUCUCUUUGUGCCUUGGAGCCUGCGUGUGUGUGUGAGUCUGCAGUAAGGUGUGGGGGUCCUGUGUUGUCUCUGCGGUGCGGGGGGGAGUGCUGCUAUAUGCGAUCCGUCUCAUCAGUGCAGAGUCUGAUCAGACUGGCCCUGCCUGCAGUGCCCGCAUGGAUGUAAAGGAAGCAGAGGAGCUGGGUAGCCCCCAGCCAGUGACUCUUCAGGCCUUUGCCAGUGGCUCAACACUUCAUGGCAUUGCUCAUAUAUUUUCCUACGAGCGUUUCUCAUGUCGGCGGAUGAUCUGGAUACUAUGUUUCCUGGGCUCAUUGUCCCUUUUGCUGUUUGUGUGUACUGAGAGGAUCAUCUAUUACUUUGAUUAUCCACAUGUCACCAAACUAGAUGAGAUUGCAACUGCCAGGAUGACCUUUCCAGCUGUGACCUUCUGUAACCUCAAUGAGUUCCGCUUCAGUCAAGUAACAAAGAAUGACCUUUACCAUGCGGGGGAGCUACUGAGUCUGCUCAACAACCGGUAUGAGCUUCCAGAUUCUCACCUUGCUGAUGAAAAAGUCAUGGAAGUGCUUCAAGAAAAAGCCAACUUCCGUAACUUCAAGCCAAAGCCGUUUAAUAUGAAAGAAUUCUAUGACCGCACUGGACAUGACAUCCGUGAAAUGCUGCUCAGCUGCAAGUUCCGAGGAGAAGAGUGCGGGGCUGAUGACUUUGUUCCAGUUUUUACAAGAUAUGGGAAGUGCUACACUUUUAAUUCGGGUCAGAAUGGACGUCCCCCAUUAAUAACUACUAAAGGUGGCACAGGAAAUGGUCUGGAGUUAAUGCUGGAUAUCCAACAAGAUGAAUAUUUGCCAGUGUGGGGAGAAACAGAUGAGACCUCUUUUGAGGCUGGAAUCAAGGUUCAGAUUCACAGUCAGGAUGAACCUCCUUUCAUUGACCAGUUGGGGUUUGGUGUGGCUCCUGGAUUCCAAACCUUUGUGUCUUGUCAGGAACAGCGAUUAACAUACCUGCCCCCACCAUGGGGAGACUGCAAAUCUAGCACCAUGGAUUCAGAGUUCUUUGAUAUCUACAGUAUUUCUGCAUGUCGGAUUGACUGUGAGACCCGAUAUCUGGUGGAGAACUGCAAUUGUCGCAUGGUGCACAUGCCUGGAGAUGCUGCAUAUUGUACUCCGGAGCUAUACAAGGAAUGUGCAGAUCCUGCCCUAGAUUUCCUAGUAGAAAAAGAUAAUGACUACUGUGUGUGCGAUACUCCAUGUAACAUGACACGGUUUGGGAAGGAGAUGUCAAUGGUAAAAAUCCCCAGCAAAGCUUCAGCACGAUAUCUGGCUAAGAAGCACAACAAAAGUGAGCAAUAUAUAGCGGAGAACAUUCUGGUACUGGAUAUUUUCUUUGAAGCAUUGAACUAUGAAACAAUAGAACAGAAAAAGGCAUACGAGGUGGCUGGACUUCUUGGGGACAUUGGGGGACAGAUGGGUCUGUUUAUUGGAGCGAGUAUCCUAACAGUUCUCGAACUUUUUGACUAUGUGUAUGAGGUUUUGAAAUACAAGAUGUGUGGAGGUACAAAAUGUGGGAAAGAUUCAAAGCGUAACAACAAUGACAAAGGAGCAACACUAAGUAUGGAUGACGUAAAGCGCCAUGCUCCGUGUGAGAGUGUGAGAGGGCACCCAGCAGGUAUGAGCUAUACAGCUAACAUUCUCCCCCAUCAUGCGGUACGUGGAGCAUUUGAAGACUUUACAUGCUGAAACCAUGUCCUGAAAUGGUCAAGAAAGAAAAAUCACCAUCUGAAAGUAGCAAGAGUUUAUUUCAAUCGGAGAAUAGAGCACAUGAGCCUGGACAAAAAUCUCCAUAACCAAAAAUGGCAUCACCUUAAUU